GCCUUGUAUAGUCGUCUACAAGGUCAUUAACGGUUCUUACCUAGACGAGCUUUGCGCAAAGUCUUUGACUUGUGUGACCUUCUUGCUCAUGAGUCUUUACAACGGGCCGCCGCGGCCUGGAGCACGCGGUGGUCGCGAUCAAUUCUCUUGGGACAAUGUAAAGGCGGAUAAGGAUCGAGAGUACUAUUUGGGUCACUCCGUCAAGGCCCUUGCUGGACGUUGGCAAAAAGGUCGCGACGUGUACUGGUAUACCCGCGAGAAGUCGGGGCAGGACACCCUUCAGGACGAGAUCCAGGCCGUCAAGCAGCGCGAGGAGGAGCUCAUGCUCGAGGCCCUAGGUCUGAAGCCCAAGUCCGCAGCUGUCAAGCCCGCUCCCCAGCUGGACAAACACGAGCUGGACGAACUCAUUCGCGGCAAGCCGCAGGAGGAGGGCGGCGGAAUGGAGGGAGGCGGUGGUGGAGCGGAGGGAGGCGGGGGAGCAGGGGCGCAGGAGGCGGACAGGGUCAAGGGACUGGGCUUUGUGGCGGGCACCGCGGGCGCCACAGCGGAGGCGGUUCACGUCACUCUGCCGGGGCUGGGACCUGCACAGCAGCCACCUGCAGGGGGCCCGCGGGGGCAGCAGCAGGGGGCGGGUGGCAGGCUGCCUCCGCCGCCCCCACUGCCCCCCGGUAUGCUGGGGGCGGCAGGGGGCGCGCUGGGGCCCGAGCAGCUGAAGCAGCUACGGAGGGCGGAGAAGCGAGCUAAGAAGGAGGCGAAGAAGGCAAAGAAGGAGGCCAAGAAGGAAGCGAAGCGGGAGGCUAAGCGGGCCAAGCGGGCGCGGGAGGCAGCCCAGCGGGGUGAGGGGGGUCGGCGGGAGGAGCAGGACGCGGACCGGAAACGCCGGCGGCACCGCUCCUCCUCGCCCUCCUCCUCCGGCUCUUCCUCCUCCUCCUCAUCAGACAGCGAGGGGGAGGAGGAGAGGCACCGCCACCGCCGCAGCAGUGGUCACCGCCACCCCGUGGAUGCCCGAGACGGCCCCCUCGCAGCAGCAGCCGGCAGCCGAGGGCAGCAUCAUGGGACCCGCGAGGAGGACGGGGAGCGGCGGCAGGAGCCCUACCAGCAGCGGGGGCAGCGGCAGGAGCACUCUCGGUACGAGUACGGA